AUGCAUCCAGAGGAAGUCGAUGUCAUCGUCUGCGGCGGCGGUCCCGCAGGAUGUGUCGUAGCCGGUCGGCUCGCAUACGCGGACCCCAGUCUGAAGGUCAUGCUCAUCGAAGGUGGCGCGAACAACCGCGACGACCCUUGGGUAUACCGUCCCGGUAUCUAUGUCAAGAACAUGCAGCGCGAUGACUUCAACGAGAAGGCAACCUUCUACGACGAUACGAUGGCGUCGAGUCAUCUUCGUGGUCGGCACUCCAUCGUACCGUGCGCGAACAUCCUUGGUGGAGGCUCUAGCAUCAACUUCCAGAUGUACACCCGCGCGUCUGCCUCGGACUGGGAUGACUUCAAGACCGAAGGUUGGACCUACGAAGACCUGUUUCCGCUCAUGAAGAGGCUCGAGAACUACCAGAAGCCCGUCAACAACGACUCUCACGGCUACGACGGCCCCAUUGCCAUCUCAAACGGCGGCUCUGUCAACCCCCUCGCCCAGGACUUCCUCCGUGCCGCAGACACCAUCGGCAUACCCUUCAGCGACGAUAUCCAGGACUGCAAGACGGCGCACGCGUCCGAGAUCUGGGCCAAAUACAUCAACCGUAACACCGGUCGUCGCUCCGAUGCUGCGACGGCGUACGUGCACAGCGUGAUGGACGAGCAGACCAACCUCCACCUGCGCACGAACGCGCGUGUCUCUCGCGUCAUCUUCGAUGGUGACCGCGCCGUCGGCGUCGCGUACGUACCCUCGCGCAACCGCGGUGACAAGGCCCAGUACAGGGAGACUAUCGUUCGUGCGAGCAAAUAUGUUGUGCUUUCUUCUGGCACGCUCGGCACGCCCCAGAUCUUGGAACGCUCGGGUGUCGGCAGCAAGGACCUCAUGCAGAAGCUCGACCUCAAGUGCGUAAGCGACCUGCCCGGCGUCGGCGAGCAGUACCAGGACCACUACACGACCCUUUCUAUCUACCGCGUGAGCGAGGAGACUCCGACGCUCGACGCCUUCCUCCGAGGCGACCCGGAGGCGCGCAGGGAGCUCUUCCAGGAGUGGGAGAUGAGCCCCGAGCGCGCACGGCUCAGCAGUAACGCCAUCGACGCCGGCUUCAAGAUUCGUCCUACCGAGUCUGAGCUCAAGGAGAUGGGUCCCGAGUUCAACGAGCUCUGGAACAGGUACUUCAAGGACAAGCCUGACAAGCCCGUGAUGUUCGGCUCCAUCGUCGCCGGAGCGUACGCCGACCAUGCUCUGCUCCCGCCUGGCAAAUACAUGACGAUGUUCCAGUACCUUGAGUACCCCGCGUCGCGCGGCAAGAUCCACGUCUCCUCGCCGAACCCCUACGUCGCGCCAUUCUUCGACUCCGGCUUCAUGAACAACAAGGCCGACUUCGCGCCCAUCCGCUGGUCGUACAAGGUCACCCGCGAGAUUGCGCGCCGCAUGGAUGCCUUCCGCGGCGAGCUCACCUCGCACCACCCGCACUUCCACCCGGCGUCUCCAGCUGCGACGCAGGACAUCGACAUCCAGACUGCUCGCCAGAUCCUGCCCGGUGCCUUCACCACGGGUAUUCAUAUGGGUACUUGGCAUCGCCCUGGCAAGCCCUUCAACGCUUCGAAGGUCCACGAGAACAUCCAGUACACCGAGGACGAUGACAAGGCCAUCGACGACUGGGUCGCCGAUCAUGUCGAGACGACCUGGCACUCCCUGGGUACAUGCGCCAUGAAGCCGCGCGAGCAAGGAGGCGUCGUCGACAGCCAGCUCAACGUCUACGGCACCAAGGGCCUCAAGAUCGCCGACCUUUCCAUCUGCCCCGACAACCUCGGCACCAACACGUACAGCUCUGCUUUGCUGGUCGGCGAGAAGGCCGCAGACAUCCUCGUGGGCGAGCUCGGCCUCAAGAUCCGUACCCCGCACGCGCCCAUCCCGCAUGCGCCGCCUCCCACUGGCAAGCCCACCACCCAGCAGGCUCGUCGUUGA